CUUCGCCGGGAUCCUCUUGGAAGGGAAACAAUGGGGCGGAGGGCACUGCGGUAGCCGCCGCCGCCGCCGCCGCGCAGGAUCAGCUUGGCCGCCCGGGACUGUCCGCCCUGCCCGCUGCCCCUUGUUCUUGCCGACGGGACCGUCCGGAGGACAUGUAUUCGUCUGCGGAACCUUGGACAGCAGAUUUUGGUGUGAUAUCCAUUUGGGACGGCAUAUGGAGACACUUCCAGUCAUGAAUUCAGACCAGGAUGUAGCACUCAAACUUGCCCAGGAGCGAGCUGAAAUAGUUGCUAAAUACGACAGAGGACGAGAAGGUGCAGAGAUUGAACCUUGGGAAGAUGCUGAUUACCUUGUUUACAAGGUUACGGAUAGAUUUGGAUUUUUACACGAGGAGGAGCUCCCAUAUCAUAAUGCAGCUGUGGAACGGCAAAAGCAUCUGGAAAUUGAAAGAACUGCCAAAUGGCUGAAAAUGCUAAAGGGAUGGGAAAAAUACAAGAACACUGAAAAGUUUCACAGGAGAAUUUACAAAGGAAUCCCACUCCAGCUCAGAGGGGAAGUCUGGGCUCUUCUUCUUGAGAUCCCUAAAAUGAAAGAAGAAACGAAGGACCUUUACAGUAAAUUAAAACACAGAGCUCGGGGUUGUUCACCUGAUAUCAGACAAAUAGACCUUGAUGUCAACCGCACGUUUAGGGACCAUAUUAUGUUUAGAGACAGAUAUGGUGUUAAGCAACAAUCUCUAUUUCAUGUCCUUGCUGCAUACUCUAUUUAUAAUACGGAAGUCGGGUACUGUCAGGGGAUGAGCCAGAUCACAGCUCUGCUCCUCAUGUAUAUGAACGAGGAAGAUGCCUUCUGGGCCCUAGUCAAACUCUUCUCGGGUCCCAAACACGCCAUGCAUGGCUUUUUUGUCCAAGGUUUUCCUAAACUCUUGAGGUUUCAAGAACAUCAUGAAAAAAUACUGAGUAAAUUUCUGUCCAAGCUUAAGCAGCACUUGGAUUCUCAAGAAAUCUACACAAGUUUUUAUACAAUGAAAUGGUUUUUUCAGUGUUUCCUUGAUCGUACUCCCUUUACUCUAAACCUCAGAAUAUGGGAUAUCUACAUCUUUGAAGGAGAACGAGUUCUUACUGCUAUGUCUUACACGAUCUUAAAAUUACACAAAAAACAUCUAAUGAAAUUGUCUAUGGAAGAACUGGUGGAAUUUCUUCAGGAGACUUUGGCAAAGGACUUUUUCUAUGAAGAUGAUUUUGUAAUAGAACAGCUUCAAAUUUCUAUGGCAGAGCUGAAGCGGGCAAAAUUGGAUCUUCCAGAACCUGGUAAAGAGGAUGAAUAUCCAAAGAAACCCCUGGGGCAGUUCCCUCCAGAAUUCCAGUCUGGCACCAUUCAUCGUAUGAGCAAUGGACAGAGAAGUGUUGGCAGGCCCAGUCCCCAUGUCAGCAGCAGAAGGGAAAGUUCAGCAUCGCCUUCCAAGAAGCACGAGCAUUCCCCUCACCAUCCAGAGAGAGGCAGGCAGCCGAGACGGAAGUCAAUAGAUGAGGAAAGUAAAAAGCUUAAAGAUGAUGCAGAGUUUCAAAGGAAACUCCCUUCAGGUCCACAGGACAGUUCCAAGCACUAUAAUCAUGCAACUGCCAACCAGAAUAGUAAUGCCACUUCGAAUGUCAAGAAGGAAUUUAUGCCCAAAUGGAACAAACCAUCAGAUACUUCAGCUAUUGAGAGAACUGCCAAACAGGCCAUGGAAGGGAACAGUAGACCUGUGCACCCCACACUUACACUAGCCUCUGUCCCGAAUGCUGCUGAUGUUCGAGCUUCAAAUGUGCGGCCGAAGGUCAAGGUUUUGGAUGCCGAUGAUGGGAAACGGGGCUCCAAUGCCUCACAGUAUGACAAUGUCCCCGAACCGGAACACGAGAACGGAGCUGCUGUGGAAGAUGCUCUAGAAAGAGCUUACUCUCAAAGCCCACGGAAUGCUGUUUACUCAAGUAGCCCAAGAAAGUAUGCUGAGCCAAGUUCUAGUCCUUCAAAAGUGUCCAACAGGUUUACUUUUAAAGUCCAGCCUCCCAGUUAUGUGAGGUACCCAUCCCAGUUAGAAUUGGAGGAGCACGGGCUGGCGCACCCACCAUCUUACAGUAAUCCCCCUGUUUACCAUGGGAAUUCUCCAAAACACAUGCCUACCGCUAACAGCAGUUUUGUGUCUCCACCAUUUAGCCCUGGGUCUCAAAUUAGCCCUUCCCGGAGACUGUAUGGUUCCACUCUCUCAGUUGGUAUUUCCCCUGAGAAGCCAUAUGGCCGCCCCACCCCUCUUGUACUGCCCUCAAGUCGCAUAGAAGUCCUUCCUGCUGAUGCUGGUGCCAGGGGAUAUUCAGGCAAUUCAGGGUCACCAAGGAAUGGAAAAUUCAUCAUUCCUCCAGUGGAUUAUUUGCCAGAUAACAGGAAAUGGUCAGAAGUGAGUUACACAUACAGACCUGAGCUGCAUGGGCAGUCGUGGACUCGAGAUGGCAACCGUAGCCACUUAAGCAGUUUUCAGCACAUACCCUUUCAGGACCAUGACCUCCCACCAGUUUCAGUAGACAGUCCAGUGAGGUAUAGACCCUCACCAUCUGUGCAAGAUGCCAGUCCAUCCAGGUAUCAGUAUUCUGGGCCCACGCCGCCAGCAUAUCACUACAGAAAUCAGGACGCGCUUUCUAUUCAAGAAUCAGUAUUGCUGUGACACUGAAUCUGUGUUUGCUCAAGACAAGAGAACAGAAACCAUAUGAAAUCUGCAUUGCUAUGUUUAUAAUUGCCAAAGCAGUAUUUUAUACUAUUGUAAACAACUCUUACAAUUCUGAUGUAUGUUAGUAACGAAAGUAUACAGAGUUGUUUUCAUCCUCAUGUAGGUGUGCGUAAGAUGAGCGUUUUAAACUGCAUCAUCACUGAACCUGGAAACCUAGCAAUAGCUUUUAGGGAUGCACACACAGUAAUAAUUCAACUCACUUCAUGUCUUCCUUCAGAACCUGAACAUUUUUACUCUGAUUGGCCCGUUCUGUUUUGACUAAUGUUACAAAACAGUGAAAAACUAGAGUAGGUGUUUUGUAAACUAUAAGUAGUAAAACAUCUUUUAAUAGCUAUAGACAUCUAUGCAUACAUGUUUUAACAUGGAAUUGAAGAAAGAUUUUUAAAAUAUUUUAAAUUUAGAUCCCUGGAAUCAUGUUAUUCUUCUUUUCCUUAAAUUGUCUUUUAGUC